AUGCAGCGAGCUUUUAUAGCUAUCCUCACCUUUUCUCUGGGGACAGCAGGGGCUGCUCCAAGACACCUCUGCACCUACUACGAUGUUAUUGAGUACCUGAACGUUUCCUCUCACAGCAAGCUGCACGCACACAUACUGCCCAAGGCAAGCUUGAAGGAACCUUUGGAAGUGACGAUGGAUUUUAUGCUGGUGGCUAUUCUCUCUGUGGCCGAAAAGCUCCAGACUGUCACUUUUUACUUCGUGUUGAACCUGGAGUGGAAAAACACUUUUGCAACCUGGGACCCGCAGGAUUUCUGUAACAUCUCCAAAGUCUUUCUGCCCACGGAUACAUACUGGUCUCCCCACAUCUUCAUUUUAGAGCGAGUGAACGGACAAAACUCCAACUUGGAUUAUAUGACCGUCAUGCACAACGGCAGCUUCAACUCCGCGCAGCCCUUCCAGGUUACCUUAACAUGCAGCUUGAUGAUCCUCAAGUUUCCUUUUGACACCCAGACCUGCAACUUGACCAUAGCUUCAUUUCUCUACCCAGUAACAGACCUUGUCAUCAAGACAAGACGGACACCAGCUGAGAUGAUGAAAAACAGCCAGAGUUACUUCCUAACUGAUGGAGAAUGGAAGUUCACCAACCUGAGCAUCAUUGAAUACAGAGAAAAGAUAGAUGAAGAAGAAUUUUCUUUGGUCACCUACAUGAUUUCCAUGGAGAGACGACCCACUCUGUAUGUGUUGAACCUGAUUCUCCCAACAUGUGCCCUGUAUGUGCUGGAUAUGGCUGUGUUGUUUGGACCCAGCUCUCUCGAGGAGAAAAUCGAUUUCCAGAUUGCCAUCAUCCUUGGCAGCUCCAUGUUAGCUGUGAUUCUCAACAACAUCCUCCCAACUUCCUCCAACAAACCACCUGUAAUAGGUACCCAUCUUUAUUGA